AUGUCGAGCUAUGAGGAGCUCUUUGAAGGGAGCGUCCUCGAGGUGAUUGCACCUCCACCGUCGUUCGAGUUUCCGGCCAAUUACUCGGGCGACAAGGCCGCCGAAUGGCUCACUCAUAUGCGCGAGCCCAUCGUCGACAGGAAGACAGCGUUUUUUGACGAGAACCUCGACUUCCUGCUCGCCAUCCGCCUGCCCCCGCCGGCCGACCAAGACCUCGUCAAUGUCAUCCCGUUGCCUCCAGCGAACCUGCUAGGGUACCUCACGCACCUCCAGAUCUCGUACGAGGCCGCAUACAUCUCGCCCUCGUCGAACGCCCCGGACACGAACGGCGGGUCGCGGCUGUCGAUGCCCCCGCCGCGCAACAGCUCGAUGCAGCGCAACCGCCCCGGCGCGCUGUUGGCCGGGGGACCGUCAAUAUUUCCACCACACACUCCGCAUCCAAUCCCGUCCGCGGCGGAGGCAGACCUCAAGUACGUGCAGUCGCAAGGAACCCCGCUAGUGUCGGCGAUCUGGGGCGAAGGAGAACAGAAAGAGAAGGAGGCCUUCGCGCUGCUAUGGGAUGCGGCGGAGAGGUCGUGGCUUGCGGUGUACAAGAUGUCGAUUUUGGUAGUGUUCAUGAUCACCAAGGAGCCGGACCCUCUGCUUGCCAUGACGGUGUCGACCACACUUCGCAACAAGCCUCUCGCUGUUACUCCCCCUCGCAGGACCCUUGCCGCUCUCAUAGACUCCAUCGGCGGACUGAGAUCGGUCUCAGACCGUCUACUCUCGCCUACCUACACGAACGGAGAGCAAGACGAUAACUCCGACAGCGAAGACGAGGACUUGAUCUAUGGUCUGCAAGAAGUGAACCUGCUGGAGGGUCUCACGACAGCUCCAACUUUUGCGGAGGCUCGCAAGCGGCUGUCCAUGCCCACGACCCGCCUGGGUACGUCAACCCGCGCCCACGCGUUCUCCCUCCCUCCCCUGCCCAACGCCCCUUCCGCGGACACCCCUGUUCCCUACUCUAGUACGACCGCCGAAUCUUCCAUGGGUAGCAGCCUGCCGCGCGGCACGACCCUUCGCAAGUCGUUCCGCAAGACCCUGAAGAUGCACCAGGGCUUCCGCGUCCGCAUGCGGACCGUCUUCGUGCCAUACUUUCUCCUUCCGCAAGAUCCGCAGAAUGGGAAAACAUCGAAGCCGCGGGCGACCCCUCGCCCAUCAGGAGACUCGGACAAAUCUGAUUCGGACUCGGACAUUGACGACGACAUCCUGGAAGAGCGCGAGCAGCGCGAAGCUGGAAACGAGGAGCAUACAGUCGUGUUGAGCGUCGAGGUCGAGAACCUCUUCGCCAGCUCGGCUUCUCCCUCAUACCACUUCGAGGUCGAGCGGCUAGACGUUGCUAUCAGCGGGUCUGGUGCGCGAGCAUCGUUCAUCGGAUGGGGGUCGUAUGGUGCCGACGUGUUCCCUCUACAGGUUGGCCCACGCGAGCAAGUCAACCUGUUGUAUGCAGUUUCGUUUCUGCGGGGCCCGGACACGGACGAAUUCUCGCUUGCACGGCCACCAGGUCUGGACAAGAAGAGUGGGCCGGGAGAGGAGCUCCAGCGCGCGGUAACGAUCCACCUCAUCGUACGACCGUUUGAGGAAGUGGAGGCCAAACCGUUCUUCCCAACCGAGGUCUACCCGUCGCGGUGGAAUUGCGUCCUUGAUCUCGCAUCUUCAAGUAUCUCCAAGCAGAAACGACAGUCAGCACAGAUCGAAGUGGAAGACGAAGACAAUCAAGAGUACUUUGUUCUGCCUACCCCAGCCUCGCCGUUCCCCACCGCCCCGCUUGUUCCUCCGCAGCGUACUCUCACUCCUCUCACUGUCAAGAGCGUCAUCCCGCUCACCGCCGUCGCUGGCAGCAAGCGCCACACCUUCUCUGCCUUCGGCGAGACCCCCGCCGCGGAGUAUGCCCGUCGGUCUCCUAUGAACUACGCCAGCCCGACCGCGAUGCUCAACCCCCAGAACCAGCCACCCGCCCCUCCCAACUCCAGUCCGACGCCCACCGGCCAGACGCUACCGAUGCCGCACCGUGCAUCCUACAUCCCUCCCUCCGUCGCCUUCCAAUCAAGCUUCCAGCGAUCUCCUACAACCUACAAUGCCCCUAGCCCGCCGCUGCCUCCGCCGCCACAUGCUCUUGGAGGUUUCGCUGCGCAGCUGCUCUCCCCUGACGUCUCCGGCUUCGGCUCGGGCACUGCGCUCGCGUUUAGUCCCGAUACGUCCGUGCCACGCACGCCCGCGUACCCUGCGUACCCUUCCUCGCCCGCUCCGGCCCCCACAACGCCGUUCUGGCAAGCGCCGAUCUCGCACCAGUCCGGGCCCGCCGUCGAGCCCAGCGUCGACAUCCGCCGCUCGCGCGGUGGCAGCGUCCCGCAGACCCCAGGACCGACCGUCGGCGGCUUCGGCACGCUCACCAACCCGAUCGGCAUGGCCGUGGCCGCGGAUGGGCCGCUGACGCUGUCGGGGGGCGAGCCGGUCGUGGUGUCGGUCGGGCUGCAUCUCGGGCCAGUGCGGAAGGGGCAGAAGGGCAAGCACGCGCACGGGACGGGGGAGCUGUACCCACUCGAGACGUUCACGCUCGACAUCUUCGUCUUCAACCAGUCGUCGUGGACGCGGCGGUUCGAGGUGACGUUCCCGGAGGAGCGGCGGCGGCGGCGACGGCGGAGGGCGAAGAAGGAUAGGGAGCGGGAGCGGGAGGCGGGUGGCAAGGACGAGGGGAGGCCGCCGGGGAUCGUGCCGCUGGAGAACCGGGUGCGGAUCGGGCCGCUUCUGCCGUCGACGUGUCAGUCGGUGCGCAUGGACUUCCUGGCCCUCGCGCCGGGCGUGCAUUCGAUCGACACGCUGGUGUUGACGGACGUCCAGACGAACUACCAGAUGCAUUUGAGCAGGAACGCACUUGAUAUUAUUGUGCACGAGCCUCACCGCGAGGAGAGUUGA